AUGUCGAACAAUCCGAACAAGAAUCCAUGGACCAACCGACCUUUGCCGGUAGAAAGGUCUGCUGCUUACCAGCCGAAUCAACAAGUGCAGGCCCCUCCUCAAGGCUUAGAAGAGCGACAACAGCGCAUGGAAGCCCUUCGCCGGCAGCUACGGUAUCCACAUGCCCUGGCUGACUCGACUUUGCGAUGGCAUCUCAAUCGCACAGACUGGAACGUCAACUUAGCUGCACGUUCGUUCUGGGAGGAUCAACAAAACCCGAAUGCCCUUCCAGCAAAUCAACCACCGCGUAAUGGCGUGCGUCGGGCGCCCACAGUUGGGCGCGAGCGUCGCAACAUGGUGCAAGACAGAUUGACCGCCGAGACCCAUAGAACAGGCGCAUUGCCAGCGGAAUACAUUGAAAUGGCCAUACUGCACAACGACCAUCGCUGGGGUUCUGAACAGGUCGCCGCCGACAUUGCUAGACGCAACGGAGAUUACACUGACCUGAGGGAGCGCGCCACGGCGUACCGGACACCAGACAAUCGGACCGAAGUACAAGAUGAGCGACUGGCGUUGUUGAUCACAAUAACAUCAACUGACAGCUGGUACUCUGCCCGGGCGCUCCUCGAAAGGCAUGAGUGGGAUCUGGAGGCCGCCAUUGAUGAGUGGAUGAGGCUGGGCGAUGUGGCCUAUGUUGAUGUCCCGAAGAAAAGAAAGCGAACAGGCCAGCAGGUUCCCCGAUAUGAAGACCAUGGUAUGAGAAUCGGCAACCCUGACAUGCCGCGACGAGUUCUCGGAGGUCGGUUCGAAUUCGAACCACGGCCGACCCUUCCUAGACCAAGAGACUUCACUCGUGCCGCAACGUCACCGCCAUUUAGCCAUAGGAGUCCAGUGACUGAUCAGACUGCCGCAUUGCGAAAUAGCUCGCGCGCUUCAAAUCCAGCGGGAAGCGGUCCUCGUCGAGGAGGUUUGACAUCAUCUUCAACGAGAACUGACGCCAGGUCUCAACCGCUCGGCAACGCCAGGGGCCAAGCAGCCAAUCUGACUGAAACAAGCCGGAGUAUCUCCCCGGCACGCACGCUGAGAUCAGCAAGAAGUAGCGUUCGUCGCGGGAGUCCAACAACAGCUUCAGCGAGAACGGGCGUCAGGCCCGAGCCUAUCAAUACCAGCGGGACAGCGGCCGACACAACUCAAACAAGCGGCGCCGGAACCUCAACGCGCACUCUGAGGUCGAUGACAGCAGCACCUAAAUCUGCACCACUUGGGAACAAGAAGGCCGCGGCCGACAAGACUGAUACAAGCCGAAGUCUACCCUCAACACCCGCCGCACCACCAAGGACAGGCGUCCGCCGAGGCUUUCUCAUUGAUGGCCCAACCUACGAGCAAGCGUACGUGGGCGUGCCCGACGAAAGCAAGCUUCGCUUCGAGUUUAUCAGGAAGGGCGAAUACCACCAUCGACAUUUCACGGGCUCCUUCCGCAUCGGCAGUAGGAGCGUUCCCUUCCGAUGGGACGAUACAAGCGACCCGAGCCUCAACACCAGCACGGUCGAGUUCGACUGGUAUGAUUCUGCGCACGUUUCCAAACUGAACAAGUGGCGGGUGGACGCCUUCCGCACCAUCACCGGAGAGGACCUGCGAGGGACGAACACGCCAUUCAACAAAUACGAGAACCUGUGGCUCCUGGAACAAGAGAUCAUGCGUAACGAACGGAGAUUCUAUGAAGCCGCAGGCCUCAGUCCAGGACAUACGGGCCCACUUACCCAACAAGAGCGUGCGGCGUUCGAUGCCGCCGCCCGCAAUUGGGCUCCAGAAACCCACAGGCUUCCAACGCCUCUCACUCAGCAGGAAUUGCAUGACUUGACUAGAGACUUCAAUUACACGUUUGCGGGCACCAGCAGGUAUAUGAAGCGGAACCUGCGAAUGGAGCCCUGGCCCGGGCCUGACGCACUCAGGAUCCAGAAGACCAAAUACAAGUUUAAGUAUAUGGGGGCGCCUCGGCCCUGGCGCACUCCCUAUGCGAUCCAGGCCCAGCGCCGUCGGAUUAAGGGUAUCGCCAAGCAUCUUAUGGUCGGGACUGACGAGAACCAGGAUGAUUUGGAAAGCGAUUCGGACUCGGAUUUUGAAGAGAAAGACCAGGAUUCGGAUGACGAUAGCCCUGAUGAUGGCGAUGACGGCGAUGACGGCGGACGUGGAAGAGGUGGAAAAGGCAGCUCAGGCAAGGGGAAAGGACGUGCGACUUGA